CCCUCGGUUUGCUGCCGAACCGAUUUGAACGAGACGUGAAACUGCGUCCACAUGCGGUCUUUGUCGCUUCACUGCAAACCUGACCGCAACUCGCUGACGUCUCGUACCAGUGUCGCUCAUGUAUGUACCGCCUACCAAAACGCGAAAUCUACGCCUUUUUCUGCGGCGCUCGAGCGUGUGAUACGUGAUCUGCGCGAAGCGUAUAGCGAGGCUUAGCAAAAGGUUUCUGGAAGGCAUUCUCUCUUUUCGCUGAACUACGAAAACCGACAUUUUAUUGCCGAGAAGUGUUACGUCACUUCUCGGUAUGUCUUAACGUCAUUUCCCUGCCUGUAAGUCGUUUCACGAGCCGCGAAAUCCUACAGCCAGUGGUCGCCGUACGUGCAGUGCGUUUUAACGCAGAUUGACCCGCGAUUUUCUGCUGCAAAAAAGUUCUGCUCCCAACGUUAUGAGCCAUGGCUGAAGCGUCUUCGCGCAACCGGUCACCAUCCCCUCACUGUAAAACAACGUUCCUUCACGAAGGUGCCCCUCAAGCUGAUGAUGGUCCCGACGGCGAGGUUAUUUCCUUGACCGAUUCACAUCGUGUGGCUGCAGCAGCGCCGGUGACCCUGGAUGACUGUCCACGUGAUUUUGAGGAGUCGAUGGAGCUGAUACCCAUGGAUGACAUGGGACCUGAAGACCACGGUACAACGCCGGGAGAAUCUUCAUCACGACGACAGGACUCGCCCGAAUCAACCGACAGCUGGACAGUGCUCCUGGUCACCGGACCCACGCGUAAUUUAGAGUGGCACUUCGCGAAGCAUUGGCCAAAGUACACGUUCCUCGCGUCGCUUAUGGUGUUCAUAGCCCUUAUAUAUCCUGCGCUGACGCUCUACAGGUCGCUGUCGCAAGCAGACUCGCACGCUGCGCAGCCGACGCGGCCGUCGGACACUCAGAUUUGGCGGCCAUGGCGUGAGCGGAAAGGCGACGACGGGCUUCCCCGGAUUCUGCUGUGGAACCAAACCGGAUUGGACAACUGGUGGUUACUCCACAAAGCCGUAUGCACUACUGAAGGCGAACACUCGGUUACGUGCGACGUAAUCGAAGACCGCUACCUGCUAAUGAGCAGUGAUGCUGUUGUCUUCCGUGCCGAGCAUUUUGAAUCCCUGGGAAUUCCUCAUGUACGCUCGCCGUUUCAGUUCUGGGUUUUUUGGGCUAAGAGUCACUCACUGCCCCAAGGCGACAGCCCGCAUGGAAAUGGCUCGCGCUUACUGUCGCGUGUCGCCGACACGUUCAACUGGACAAUGGCCUACAGGGACGACGCUGACAUCGUAGUUUCUUACGAUAAGUGGCGCUGCGACUCAGCCGAGAGCGCAAUGCAGCCUAGCGACACCGUGAUUCCGAAAAAAAGAAAAGGCGUCGCCUGGAUAGUUGGUGGAUGCGAGCAGCGCCGCUUCUUGGAACAAGUACCAUGGAGCCGUGAAAAGCAGGAUUCCACUCAGAGUAGCUCGGAUGACACGAUGAGCAUAAGACUGUUUCCAGCCUGCGGGAAGGAUAAGUGCUCGUCGCCACGCGAGUGCAUCCCACGCAUCGCCAAGAACUACCACUUCGUCGUAGUGUCAUUGAAGUCCGACUGCUUCCAGAGUCCCUACGAACUCAUAUACGACGCGUUCAAAUACAACCUGAUUCCCGUCGUGUUGGCGCCACCCAACGCAACUCUUCAGGUUCCUGAGAAGUCGGUAGUAAGCACGUCGCACCUGCACAAGCCGGGCGAGCUUGCAACGCAUCUGCGACAACUCUUGAACGACCGUGCCUCUUACGAGAGCUACUUUGCCUGGAAGCAGAACUGCUCCUUGACUCGUUCCGAGGACGAACUGUGUCCUCUAUGCCAUGCGCUAUGGGAAACACCCGCGCACUACCAACAUCGUCAUCCCGAUGUUCAAGAAUGGUGGACUAAGAGCUUGAAGUGUGUAAACGAGUCCUUGUACGGCCUUGACAAGGGGUUUGUGCCUCAGCUCUGAAGUCAAGCCUUAGUAAAGGCCACUUAGUUCGCAGCCAGUCGAGCUGCGAUGAGAAGGCCUGGGUUACGUGCGUCUGACACGCCGAAAGCUAGUGAGCAGGCUAGUGUUGCGCUGUACUUCACUGCACUGCAUGCAAGCGUGGUUCAUCAGUGUAUUGCAUCCGUAUACUUUGUCUCCAGUUUUUAACGUGUACGUGAACCUGUGCAGUAACAUUACUGCAUUUCUUUCUUGUUCGGUUCUAUGAAUAG